AUGGAGAGCUCGACCUCGAGGACGAGCCUGAAUUGCAUCAGCCUGGCGGACCCCGACACCCAGAGAUCGGUCGCGCUCCUCAAGCAGGCAUGCUUGGAUUCAGGCUUCUUCUAUGUGCUGGAUCAUGGGAUAAGCCAGGAAUUCAUGGAUGAGGUUUUUGCCGAAAGCAAGAAGUUCUUUGAACUUCCAAACAGUGAGAAAAUGAAGCUUCUCCGAAAUGAGAAGAAUCGAGGGUAUACACCUAUGCUAGAUGAGAUUCUUGAUCCAGAAAACCAAGUGAAUGGUGACUACAAGGAAGGGUAUUAUAUUGGUGUUGAGGUACCUGCAGAGGACCCACAGUCAAAUAGACCAUUUUAUGGUCCAAACCAGUGGCCUCCUGAAGUAUUGCCCAAAUGGAGGGAGGUGAUGGAGCAAUAUCACAGGGAAGCAUUGAGAGUAGCCAAAUCAGUUGCAAGGAUCAUUGCUCUUGCUUUGAACCUAGACGAGGACUUCUUUGAUAGGCCUGAAAUGCUUGGCGAUUCGAUAGCCACAUUAAGGCUCUUGCACUAUGAAGGUGGACAAAAAACAGGUCAAGUGUCAAAUCCUUCUAAGGGAGUUUAUGGAGCUGGUGCACAUUCGGAUUAUGGCCUGAUCACUCUCUUAGCAACUGAUGAUGUAGUUGGUCUCCAAAUUUGCAAGGACAGGAAUGCUCAGCCUCAAGUAUGGGAAUAUGUAGCUCCUGUGAAAGGCGGCUUUAUUGUCAAUCUUGGUGAUAUGCUCGAACGCUGGAGUAACUCCAUUUUCAGGUCAACUUUACAUCGAGUGGUCCUUGAUGGGCAGGAGCGUUACUCCAUUGCCUUCUUCGUGGAACCAAGCCACGACUGCGUAGUCGAGUGCCUGCCAACCUGCAAAUCCGAGACGAAUCCGCCAAAGUUCCCCCCAAUCACUUGCUCGGCGUACCUAUCCCAGCGCUACAAGGACACACACGCAGAUCUGAGCACUUACAGCGACGGCAAAGCCUGA